AUGCGUCUUUGUUGGUGCAUAACGAUCGGUGAACUGAAUACGUUUGUUUGUGGUAUUCCGUUAAGGAAUCGAGAAUUAUGCGCUUUAUUCGGUUUGGCACAACUAAUCAUUGCCGGCACUUCAUUGUUUCAGCAUAUAUAUUCGUUACGUACUCACGGUCACGUUUUUUAUUGUCACUCGAAUAUUUCUGAUAAUUCCACGUUGGGCGAAAAGGUCAGUUUACUUUUCCAUUUUGAAUUAAUGAAGACAAGUAAGUUGCAGUAUUUGGCAUACGAUAUAAUCAUCUUCGAUUAUGGUUUGAUGCAUCGGGUAUUAGGAACAAAUGAAUGUGUUGCAAAUUACUUAGAUGGUGGUUUUAUGCGUGCGGUGUGGUGUAUUGAACAUACGUUCUCAUUGUUUGUUCUCGUUUUCGCCUUAUAUCUUUGCAAAAAACCCACGUGGCUAUUAUGGCCAGCUUUAUUAAUGCAAUCAUCUUAUGUGUUGGGAUUGGCUGUAUUGACGAUGGCCACUGCACCAAAAAUUCUAGAAGCUUUCAGUGGACAGGUCGACACGAAUUUUGGAAUGGCGUUCCUGAUUUAUUCGAGCGGCUUUAUUCUCAACUGGUUAUUCACAUUUGUUUUAUGGCAUCACUACUGGUGUAUGGAACGAAAAUUCGCGAUACACACCGUUAUAGCGUCAUGA